AUGCCUUCCUGCUUUGGAAGAAACUCUAUGUUUGAUCAGGAAGCUGAUCUCCCACGCAAGGAGAAGAAGAAGAAGAAGACGAAGCAAAAGGCAAAGAGCUUUACUGAAGCCAUCUUAGUAUCAGCAAGAAAGAGCAACAAUGAUGAUUCAGUAGCCCCUUCCUCACUUUAUGAUCCAUACAGAACAGGGAACACUGAGUGUCCUCUCCCAUUACCAUUGCCAUUCUACUCAUCCGAUUCGUCAGCAAGAUCUAGGAACAGCACCUCAUCAAUUUCUUCCAUUUCUAAUUAUGAUGAGGAGAUCAUAAUCACAACUUCUGCCCCAAAGUUGUCUUUGAUGCAAUGGGGAGUAAGUUGCGAGUCGUCUCCAAGCCACCCGCGCCAUCCUCUUCCCCUUCCACCCACUUCUCCUACUACAACUUGUCAUGAUUCAAAAUGGAAGAAGGGAAGGCUGUUGGGGAGGGGAACAUUCGGGCAUGUUUAUGCUGGAUUCAACAGUGAAAAUGGGAGAUUGUGUGCCAUAAAGGAAGUGAGAAUCAUCUCAGAUCAUCAUACAUCAAAGGAAUAUCUCAAGCAUUUGAACCAGGAAAUCCAGAUUCUUAGUCAAUUCUCCCAUCCAAACAUCGUGCAAUACUACAGCAGUGAAUUGAGAGAAGAUAAAUUGUGUGUGUAUUUGGAGUAUGUAUCUGGAGGCUCAAUUCUGAAAUUACUUCAAGACUAUGGUCCAUUUGGAGAACAUGUUAUGCGAAGCUACACUAGCAAAAUUCUAUGUGGUUUAGUCUAUUUGCACGAUAGAAAUACAGCACACAGGGAUAUCAAGGGGGCAAAUAUACUAGUAAAUGCCAAAGGUGAUAUCAAGCUUGCAGACUUUGGCUUGGCAAAACAUAUCCCAUCAUCUUCCUUGAUGUUAUCGCUCAAGGGAAGUCCACACUGGAUGGCUCCGGAGAUUGUGGUGAAUGAGAGAGGGUACGGUCUGGCAGUGGAUAUAUGGAGCUUAGGAUGUACAGUUCUUGAGAUGGCAACAGCAAAACCUCCAUGGAGUCAAUAUGAAGGGGUAGCUGCAAUGUUCAAGCUGGCAACUAGUAAAGCCUGUCCAGAAAUCCCCACUCACCUCUCAGAAGAUGCAAAAAGUUUUAUUGAACUGUGCCUACAAAGAGACCCCAGUGUUCGUCCUACUGCUGCUCAAUUGCUACACCAUCCUUUUGUCCAAGAAAUUCAUUGA